UACUACUAGUACUACUAGUACUACUACUACUAGUACUAGUACUACUAGUACUACUACUACUAGUACUACUACUAGUACUACUACUAGUACUACUAGUACUACUACUACUAUAGUACUACUACUAGUAGUAAUAUACAUCUGAAAAUUGACACUGAAGCAACCUCCGAGGUACCUUGCAAACGGCAAGACUCACUAUCUUGGUAAAUACUGCGUCAAAACGAGAGCUUCAAACAAACGUGCCGUUCUCAUCAUCUUGGUCAUCACGGAGUUUUCAAUCAUCGCAAUGGAACCAAGAAUACAUCGCAAAAGGCGACACACGGUUUCACCUAGUGUUCUACAAUUGUCGCUCUUGAUCAAUGCGAUUUUGAUCUUCGCUGUUUGUUACCUUUCUUUAGUUGGCAACCUUAAAAAAGCGGGAAACAUCGAAGGAGCGAAACAUAUUAUCGAGACGAAGACUCAUUGGCAUGGUGGUCAUCCAGCAGAAGACAGGAGCGGUUCAUGUUGGUGCGGCACAGAGGACAAGUAUUGUUUGUGCACUCCAAACCUUGCCAUAGACUUGAUUAUUACAUCAAGCACGGAAAGUAGCCCGGAAAGUACCGGUAUAGACUAUGUCUGGCUAGUCCGAAGGAAGGACACCAAUCAACUCGCAACGAUGGGUGGAUUUGUGGAGGUCAACGAAACCGCAGAAGAUGCCGUGAAACGAGAACUUGCCGAAGAAAUGUCAAUAACUCUGACACGAUCACCAACACUUGUUGGCAUUUACUCUGACCCGCGCAGGGACAACCGACGUCGGACAGCCUCAGUGGCGUAUGCAGUCCACGUUGCGGCGGAUAUAAGGCCGCAUGCCGGUGACGAUGCGAAAGAAGUUGUUAAAAUUCCAAUCAAUGAAAUUGUGGAUUACGAGUACUUCACGGAUCAUCGGACUAUACUGCUCGACUAUCGCUCUUCUUUACGAGGAGAAGUCGUCGAGGAUCAUUCUACGGAAGGUGAUUUCGCCGCCGAUAUCCAGCGAUCCACGUGUUGAACGGAAGCUAUCCCAACAUGAAACACCAAUAAUCGACAACACCAAUGUAUCAAUUGUUCUUUGUAUGAAGGUACGAGUCACUGACUGUAUUGUGCGCGAGAACAAAGCCGUCUUGUUGCGAAAUAUGUCCCACGUGCGCCAAAAGGAAGGUAAUGCCACAAUUGGUAGGGUGGAACUGACUUCAUGGACAUUUACUCUCUUUAAUAGCUUUUCUUUUUUGAGACAAGGUACGAAAACAUUGAAUACCACCAAGAUAGUUUUGGCAAAGCGAAAACGGAAGUCAAGUAGAUAGCAACGGAGUCCUGCCCUUCCGCUUAUGAUUUGCACUGCU